GCAGAUCGCUGUACAGACUUCAGUAAGCUCUCGGUGCCCGCGGCGAACACACGUAUCCGAAACGCCGCGAUUUGAAUGUUUUUAAAAAAAGAACUGUGAACCAGCCGGCGAAUACAACGAAAUGUCGCCGUGCACAAUAGCUACGGGUGUGGUGGCGCUGCUGGCUCUGUGCAGCGCGCCGGGGGCUGUUUCACUGGACCUCAACCGUCUUUAUGGGCAUCAUACAAAGCGAUCUGAAUACUGCCAUCCAUACGAGCCAUUCAAGUGUCCCGUGGAUGGUAACUGCAUCUCCAUCCAAUAUCUGUGUGACGGCGCGCCAGAUUGCAUUGACGGGUAUGAUGAGGACUCCAAACUUUGCACUGCAGCUAAGCGACCACCAGUAGAGGAAACAGCGUCUUUCCUCCAGUCUCUUCUCGCUUCGCAUGGACCGAAUUACUUGGAGAAGCUCUUCGGAAACAAAGCAAGGGAUGCCUUGGAGCCGCUCGGUGGUGUCGAGAAGGUUGCUAUUGCUUUAUCUGAGUCUCAAACGAUUGAAGAUUUUGGGGCUGCGCUUCAUUUGAUGAGAUCUGACCUCGAGCACCUCCGCUCCGUUUUCAUGGCCGUAGAAAAUGGCGACCUUGGAAUGCUAAAAUCCCUUGGUAUCAAAGACAGCGAGCUCGGGGACGUUAAAUUCUUCCUCGAGAAACUUGUCAACACCGGCUUCUUAGACUGAGUAGCACCGGAGUCAGCCUCUGACUACUAUCACGUCGUCCAAUUCGGUCCCAUCAGCUCAUCUUUCUACAGCUACCUUCCCUAUGAAUCUUUGAAGUAUAAGAGAAAUUAAAUUUCUUCGUGCACUCAUUCCAUCCGGUUGCGAUUUCUAUAACCGGCCACAGACUCGAGCCAGGUGGAAUGAUUCCAUUUUUCUUUUUUAAAUUUCGCGCCCUUUUUUAUUAUCUAUGAUUAUAUAAACUAGAGCGCUUUUCAUAUAUUUUUUUAAUUAGAACGUACAGGUAACUUCUCGCGUCGUAAUCAUGAAAAUGUGCCAAUCGUGUAUGCUGGGGAACAUAUAUAAAAGGGAUGAAUAAAAAGCUUUCGAUUUACAUUGUAAUGUGGUAUUUAGAGAAGGUAUUUAAACACAUUUUUGCACAUAUUCAUGAUCCUGUACAUACUUCUACAUUAAAUUGUGAUAUUUUCACGUCGCCCUUAACAACUUUCUAAACCUUCUAAGCCAAUGUCAGAGGCGACUCCAAAAAUUGUAAGAUGUCCAUUCUAAGCGAGAUAUAAAGCUAACAAUUGUUUCGUUUAAAUAUUAAAUUUAAGUUGAAAAAAAAAAUCUUUAAAAAAGUAUAGAAUGCAUGCGCUUUAUAUCUGGCUUUUGAAAAUCCAGAGUAGGACCAUUUACAACAUAUCAUUGUAAUUUAGAUGUAGUUUAUAUAAUAGAUAAUCAGUAGCGAGUACUAAUGAAAUAUAUAAUAGAAUAUUUGUAGGUUUGUAGGUCAUUAUUUGUGCCCUUAUUGGAACGAUACAUAUCAUUGAGCGGUGCUCAGAAUCGGUUACAUAUCAAAAUGUGAUUUCGUAAAUAUAAAUCAAAUAUUAUAGCAUAGUAUCUACAUUCCUUAUUCUAUAAUCUAUGGUAUUUUUGAAAUGCGGGCUAGUAGACAACGAAUAUAUAAGUGGAGAAGAUCUAGGUAAGGUUGGUUAACAAUUAACAUCAAUUGUAUCUUGGUGAAGGCUGGGUUUAUGUACCAUGAGUUGCAAUUCAUAAAACCCAUUUAAAAUCAACAAUGGGAAUAAUUUUUUUUUCCAUAUUUCUUAAUAAAACUACAUACUUAAAACAUACUACGAGUAUUAUUGUAUUAAAUAGUAUGAAAUUGGUGAACAGUUUUUUUUUUUCUAUAUUGGCUGAGGCUGGAUAAUAUGACACAAUGAAAAAGUACCACUAUAGCGAAUCUAUGACUUAUAAAAAACUUAUACCUUUAUUAAUCUAUCAAAAUAUGUAGACCUAAGCUAUUCUUCAAUUAAUAUAGUAGAAUACUUUAGAAUAUUUUAACUUACGUCAGACGAUUAUAAUUGAUAGAAAUCUAUCUACGAUAUUCUUAUAAUAUGUGUUUUGAUUCUAUGUAUAUGGCUUAUGUAUUCUUAAAUACAAUA